GGACAAAAUUCUUUUAUGUGACUGAUUCCCACUCCAUUAACUAAAACAGAGAAAAAGACCACAAUCUCAAAUUCUCUCUCUCUCUCUCUCUCUUACUCUCUAUGAGAAUUGAGAGACCAAAAGAAAAAGAGAGAGAAGAAGAAGCCAUGAGAAACACCAUAAGGUGUUGGAUCUCUUGCAUUCUUCCAUGUGGAGCACUUGACGUAAUCCGCAUAGUGCACUCGAAUGGCCGCGUAGAAGAAAUCAGUGGCACCAUCAAGGCAAGUGACGUCAUGAAAGCACACCCAAAACAUGUCCUCAAGAAACCAUCAUCUCCCUCCACACAAGACGGCGUCGUCCCCAAGAUCGUGAUCGUCCCACCCGACGCAGAGCUUCAACGUGGCAAGAUUUACUUCCUCAUGCCAGUCCCUUCUCCGCCGUCGGAGAAGAACCGCCGCCAGAGAUCGUCGGGAAAAAAGAAAAGGAAGGAGCAGAGAGAGAGUACCAACUGCAGAAGUAACAGCCUCCACAAUAACAACAACAACAAUAAUAAUAAGGGUAGCACCAUUUCCAUGGCGAACUUGCUCGUGUCCUCUGAUCAAUACUUGACUGAGAUACUCUCCGAGAAACUUUCUACACAGAGAGACAGAAGAAGAGGACGUGUAGCUGUGUGGAGGCCUCACUUGGAGAGCAUUUCAGAGUCACCAAGUGAUCUGUAACGGUUGUUCUUUGUGCAAUAUCUUUUGUUUUACUCUCAAGGUUCUUGCAUAAUCCAUAUAUUGCAGGGUCGUACUUCAAAGUUCAAACCAUAUUUCCAAAAAAAAAUUAAUUUAGAGAAACUAAAUCCUUAUCUUUUAUUUUCUUUUUUCAAGUAAUAAUAAUAAAAAGAAAC